AUGGCCUUAGUUCCUGAGGGCAAGGCAUUCCUGGAGAAAGAUGAUUUCAAAAAAGGCCUCGAGGCUCUAGACGAGGAGAUGGGCAAAAACGAGAUGGUUGUCGCCUUUGCGCCUAUCCGGUUGAUUGCGGCAGGCGGAUUCUUGGCUGUGAUGCUUCUUCAGAAUCGGACAGCGACUGGCGACCUUGAUUACCUGAUAGAGCCUGAAUGGGCGACCGACAUCGAUAUCCAGAAGCCGCUUAAAGAUGCGAUUGUCAAGGUCAGCCGAGACCUUGACUAUAAUAUCGAAUGGGCCAACGAGGACCUAUCUUUAUUUGUUACAAUGGACGCGAGAGAUUAUCUUUUUAGCAAGGCGAAGGAGCAGAAUAUCGUAUUAUUCAAAGGAGCUUAUCUUAUUGUCUUAGCUGCGCCAAUAGAAUGGGCGCUAGAACGGAAGAUAAGGAGAAUCCAUGCGGCAGACCGCGGGCGGAAGACCAAAUUCGACCUAAGUGACUGCCUGGCAAUGCUCAGAUAUCUAAGAGGGCAACAGAAUGGGCCGCUGGAUCGUGAGCAUAUUCGUACCCUAAAUGUGAAUAACUUUGAUAUCAUGCCCGAUGAGAAGACGAUGGAUAUUAUAGCCACGGCCUACCGCGAAAAGUUCGACGAGGAGAUAUUUAAGAGUUGA